CUGAAACAGACACUGUUUCAUUCAGCUCCUGAUCAACGAUGGAUCUGCAAAUCUCACUUUUUCUUCUGUUCGUUCUCUUCACUGCAGGACACUCUUUCAGCUGUUAUGAGUGUGUUAGUAUGACGGGUUCUUGUUCGGAUCAAAAGGUAAAAACAUGUCCCAGUGGAUUCUCCAAGUGCACGAGUUUAACAACAGUUACACAAGUUGGUGGCAUUAACCAGAAGAUAAAAGAUUGUACUCCUGACUGUGUAAAUGGAUCCAUGAACCUCGGGAUUGUGGGGACGACGUCAGUGUGCUGUAACACAGACCUGUGUAACGUCAAAGACGCUCCAGGUAUUGUCUGAUUUACUGACCAUAUACAA